GAGAGAGAGGAGAGAACGAAAACCCCACCAAGAGAUUACAGUACACAUUUCGCCGCUCACAGGGAGGCAGAGGGUGGUCCGUCGUGGUGGGCAAUGGAGAGAGUGGUGCUGCUGCGCUCUUUAUCCUGCUCCACUGCCUGCAUGAGGUUUCUUUCUCUAAAACCCAGGAGCUCAUGGAAGACUGCGUCUACUCCUCUGACGCAACAACUUCUUAUUUCUCCAAGAAAUAGAGGUUUGCCUUUAGCAUGUGGAAGUCGCAUGAGAUGGGUUUCUACUUCAAGAUAUGCCUUUCAACAUAAGAGAGGUUUCUCUGUGUCUCCUCAGGCUAUUGCCACUCCUUCUAAGCAAGCUUCUUCCGGCAUAGAUGGGAGUCAUGAUAUUGCACAUGAGCUCGGGUUUGAGAAAGUCUCAGAGCAAUUGAUUGAGGAAUGCAAGUCAAAGGCCAUCCUUUAUAAGCAUAAGAAAACUGGUGCAGAAGUAAUAUCUGUAGUGAAUGAUGAUGAAAAUAAGGUUUUUGGCAUAGUUUUUCGAACUCCACCAAAGGACUCAACCGGGAUACCUCACAUCUUGGAGCAUAGUGUAUUGUGUGGAUCACGAAAAUAUCCUCUCAAAGAACCAUUUGUUGAGCUACUUAAAGGUAGCUUGCAUACAUUCCUCAAUGCAUUCACCUAUCCUGAUAGAACUUGCUAUCCAGUAGCAUCCACUAAUACUAAGGAUUUCUAUAAUUUAGUUGAUGUAUACUUGGAUGCUGUCUUCUUCCCAAAAUGUAUUGAGGAUUAUCAGACCUUCCAACAGGAGGGUUGGCACUAUGAGCUCAACAAUCCUGAGGAGGAAAUAUCCCUCAAAGGUGUUGUGUUUAACGAAAUGAAAGGUGUAUAUUCACAACCUGAUAAUAUAAUGGGUCGCAUCUCUCAACAGGUCAUGUUUCCAGACAAUACCUAUGGUGUUGAUAGUGGAGGAGACCCGAAAGUUAUCCCCAAGCUUACUUUUGAAGAAUUCAAGGAGUUUCAUCGGAAGUAUUAUCAUCCCAGCAAUUCAAAAAUAUGGUUCUAUGGAGAUGACGACCCAAAUGAGCGCCUACGUACAAUAAGUGAUUGUCAAUUACAGAUACGAUUUGGGCAAUCUUGGCUGGUUAUCCUAGGAAACAAGCUCCAAGUCAUAUGCAAUGAGAUGAAUGAAGUGUACCUUGAUCAGUUUGAUGCUAGCUCUGCACCAUAUGAAUCAAAAGUGGUUCCCCAGAAACUUUUCCCUAAGCCUGUCAAGGUUGUUGAGAAAUAUCCUGCAGGUGACACUGGUGACCUGAAAAAGAAACACAUGGUUUCUCUCAACUGGUUGCUAUCUGAGGAACCCUUGGAUCUAGAGACUGAGCUUGCCCUGGGUUUCUUGGAUCAUCUCAUGUUGGGAACCCCUGCUUCUCCAUUGAGAAAAACUCUUUUGGAGAGUGGAUUAGGAGAUGCUCUUAUUGGUGGUGGAAUUGAAGAUGAGCUCUUGCAGCCCCAGUUCAGUGUAGGUUUAAAAGGUGUUGCAGAAGAAGAUGUUCGGAAGGUAGAAGACCUGAUAAUCCAAACUCUUGAAGAAUUAGCAAAUAAGGGUUUCGAUGUAGAAGCCAUUGAGGCAUCCAUGAAUACAAUUGAGUUCUCUCUUCGUGAAAAUAACACUGGUUCAUUUCCUCGGGGCUUGUCACUGAUGCUACGCUCCAUUGGAAAAUGGAUUUAUGAUAUGGAUCCAUUUGAGCCUUUAAAAUACGAGAAACCGCUAAACGAUUUAAAAGCAAGGAUAGCGGAAGAAGGCUCAAAGGCUGUUUUCUCUCCUCUAAUACAGAAAUUCAUCUUGGACAAUCCUCAUCGUGUUACGAUUGAGAUGCAGCCUGAUACUGAGAAAGCUUCUCGUGAUGAAGCUGAUGAGAAAGAAAGCCUAGAGAAAGUUAAGGCCAGUAUGACAGAAGAGGACCUUGCGGAGCUAGCACGUGCAACACAGGAGCUUCGUUUAAAACAAGAAACUCCUGACCCUCCUGAAGUUCUUAAAUGUGUUCCGAGCCUCUCUUUGCAUGAUAUUCCAAAACAUCCUAUACAUGUUCCCAUAGAGAUUGGUGAGAUUAAUGGAGUAAAAGUCUUGCAGCAUGAACUUUUUACUAAUGAUGUUCUCUAUGCUGAAGUAGUGUUUGAUAUGUGCUUGGUAAAGCAAGAGCUUCUCCCUUUGAUACCUCUAUUUUGUCAAUCUCUGUUGGAGAUGGGUACUAAAGACAUGGACUUCGUGCAACUCAAUCAAUUGAUUGGUAGAAAGACAGGGGGGAUAUCUAUAUACCCUUUUACAUCAUCAAUACGUGGCAAAGUGGAGCCAUGUAGCAGGAUAAUUGUUCGUGCUAAAUCCAUGGCUGCUAGAGUUGAUGACCUUUUCAACCUGGUUAACACAGUUCUGCAGGAUGUCCAGUUCACUGAUCAGCAACGUUUUAAGCAAUUUGUUUGCCAGAGCAAAGCAAGAAUGGAGAGUCGUUUGAGAGGCAGUGGUCAUGGUAUUGCGGCUGCUAGGAUGGAUGCCAAGUUAAACACAGCAGGAUGGAUUGCAGAGCAAAUGGGUGGUAUCAGCUAUUUACAGUUUUUAGAAACACUAGAAAAGCAAGUGGAUCAGGAUUGGUCUGCCAUUUCAUGCUCACUCGAGGAUAUUCGUAGAAGUUUGCUUUCUCGGAAAGGUUGCCUCAUAAAUCUUACAGCUGACGGGAAAAACCUCUCAAAUUCCGAGAAGCAUGUGAGUAAGUUCCUCGAUUUGCUUCCAGCCACGAGUUCCUUGGAAACAACGUCAUGGAAGGCACAGCUUUAUCUUGGGAAUGAAGCUCUGGUCAUCCCUACCCAGGUUAACUAUGUGGGAAAGGCUGGUAACUUAUAUGACACCGGAUACCAGCUUAAUGGAAGCACGUAUGUGAUCUCCAUGUACAUAGGAAACACAUGGUUGUGGGAUCGAGUUCGCGUUAGUGGGGGUGCAUAUGGAGGAUUCUGUGAUUUUGAUACACAUUCAGGAGUGUUUUCUUAUCUUUCUUAUCGAGACCCUAAUUUACUGAAGACUCUCGACAUAUAUGAUGGAACGGCAAACUUCCUUCGCGAAUUAGAAUUAGAUGAAGAUACACUUACUAAGGCGAUAAUUGGGACCAUUGGAGACGUGGAUGGUUACCAAUUACCAGAUGCCAAAGGUUACAGCAGUAUGUUGAGGUACUUGUUGGGGAUCACUGAGGAGGAAAGGCAAAAACGGCAUGAAGAAAUCUUAUCUACUAGCUUGAAGGACUUCCAUGACUUUGCUGAUGUUGUUGACGUGGUAAAGCACAAGGGAGUCGUGGUUGCAGUUGCAUCAGAAGAUGAUGUUACUGCAGCAAAUGAGGAGAGGCCUGGAUUCUUUCAAGUGAAGAAGGUCCUGUGAAACACACAAACAUCAUGUUCAGAUUUUUCAGCUUGGUUCUUAAUGUGAAUAAGCUGUGUUGAUUAUUAUAUGAUCCAAAAUGGUUUGCAAAAUUAUAGGGUGGUAAAAUUUUUGAGAACAUUAGAAAAAGGAUCGGCAGGUUGCAUUAUAUCU